UUCGGAAGCAUUGUUAUCAACUGUGAAUUCGAUGCCUAAUAAUAUAUUUGCCACCAUAAAUCCAAACCCUAGAGGAGAACACCACCACUUUCCAUUAAUGGAAUCCCAAAAUAAUUCUGGGCUGCUGAGAUUUAGGUCUGCUCCCACUUCUUUUCUUGCAGAUUUGGCUGAAAAGAGUGCUCAUGUAAUGGAUAUUAAUAUUGAUGAUAAUAAUAGUUGUAAUAAGGGUGUUUCUGGUAAUUAUACUAGAUUUCCUGCUGCCAUGAAUUCACAGCUGCCACCUCAGUAUCCAAGGCAUCAAAGUGGCGGCGGCGGCGGUGGUGGUGAAUUAGGGUCUUUGUCGGUGGGUGGUGGUGGUGGUGGUGGUGGAUUUGGUCUUGUCAGGCAGAAUAGCUCACCUGCUGGAUUGCUCUCUCAAAAUGGCUACGCCGGGGUAAGAAAUCACACGAACUUCCCAUCCGUGACGCCGUCGUCAUCUCCCUUGGGAUUAUUGUCUCGAAUCAAAGAGGUCGAAAACGAACACGGCGGGCCCCACAGCCCACAUUACACAAAGGUGGGAAAUAGCGGUGGUGACAAUUUAUUUUCCACUACUUCUGGAUUCCCAUUUGCUUCUUGGAACGACUCUUCGUAUUUUGCAGAAACGAACUUCACCAGUGGCAUCAAAACGGAGGUGGAUAACGAUCCCAAGCCAAUUUUUAUUACCGAGAACGAGGAGCUUAUAAGAAAUAGGCCGUAUAGUUUGUCGCACCACUUAAGCCUACCCAAGACUAAUUCGUCGGAAAUUGCAAAUAUGGAGAAGCUGUUAAUGCUUCAAGAUUCCGUUCCGUGCAAGAUUCGUGCAAAGCGCGGCUGUGCUACUCAUCCACGGAGUAUUGCCGAGAGGGUGAGAAGAACUAGAAUUAGUGAAAGAAUGAGGAAAUUGCAGGAGCUUGUUCCAAACAUGGAUAAGCAAACCAACACAGCAGAUAUGUUAGAUUUGGCUGUGGACUACAUUAAAAGCCUACAAAAACAGUACAAGAUACUUGGCGAUAGUCGAGCAAAUUGCAAAUGCUCGGCUUCUCAGAAGGUAAUUUUAAAUCAAACACACUGAUCGACUUCUCGCGCCCGUAAUCGAGAAAAAUCGAGGAGAUGAAGAAGAAAAUAUUAGUUACAUUAGGAUAUGUAUAUCCAACUCUGUAUAGGGGGUGUGAACAAUUACAUUUUCUUAUUGUAUGGAAUAUAGUUCAUAAUUAUUAUUAAUUAAUUAUAUGAUCUAGUUAAA